GGUAAAGUGAAGUGACGCUCAGCUACUGGAAUAUCGAGCGUCGCGGUGGCCGCUACGAGGUUCUCUCGGAAGCCCAAACGGAAAUCUCUCACGAUAAUGGCGUACUUUCCGACGAUCCGUGUUUUUUUUUCACCGACUCGCUUCGAUUCCGUUCCGACGUUGUAACGCGCUCGUAUUUCUGUUUUUUUUCUUCUGCUGUUCCGAGUUCCGUCGAUACCGAACGGAAAAUAUCGCACGAUAAAAUUUACGCUCGAAAUAAGUGUGAGAACUUUCUAUACCAGUCUCUUGCCAGUUUCUUUCUGUUCACCCUCGUAAUGUAUACUUAAUGUGUGUAUUUUAGUUCCGUUUUCUAACGAGAACACGAAUAUUCUUUCGUACGUUUUAGUGCCGCUGUCAGUGCUUCAGGCAAAAAAGACGUGGAUCAACAAUGGGCACGUUAAUGGCUAUAAAAGAGACUAUACGGUAUUCUCUUAAGCCUGAAAUAGAGGCGAAGAGUCCUGCGGCGUAGACAUGGACUCGUACGAUCUGUUUGGUGAAGAUGUUAGUGGCUCGAUGCUUGAUGCUCUUCCUGACCUCGGGGGGAACGAUCAUUUUGACCCUGCAGGCACGAAUAAUUCUGUGGUAGUAUCUAGAGAUGGUUCAAACCCUGGUGUUAAUGGAGGAGGGAGUUACAUUAGUCAAUCUUUUAUAUCUCAAGAAUCUCCGCUUCAAAAAUUAACUUCAUUUGGUGGAUCUGAAUUUGGAAGUUCUAAUCAAUUGCAAAAUCCAUCACAGCGCAACAUGUUUAAUCAAAAUCUUGGAACAUUUGAUAGUGGUGCACCACAGCGUGCUAUGGUGCCAGGAGCAUUUCAAAAUCAAGCUAGGAACAUGGCACCGCAACACAGAGGGCCUCAUCCUGGAAGUGGAGGACAAUAUCCUAAUUAUAAUGAUAAUAUGUAUUCAAUGGAGCAGCAACAUUCAAUGACAAGAGCAAAUAUGUCUAUGGACCCAAGUAUGCAAGGUUGGCCAAGUAGUGGAAGUGCUUAUCCACAAAUGCAGAGACAUUAUAAUCAGAUGGCACCUCAACCUGGUACUUAUAGACAGCAUAUGCCUCCACAGUAUUCUCAUCAACAAGAUCAAAGUGGAGUUAUGAAUCAAAAAUUACAGCAGCAACAACAUUUUGGUACUCAGCAAGGCAUGAUAGGAAAUAUGGGUGUACCACAUCAAGCAAUGCAAGCUGGUGGAACAGGUAGUGUUUAUCAACAUAUGGUUGGACAACAACAGCAUUACCAACAGGGAAAUUCUGUACCAAUGUAUCAAACGUCUCCUGGCUAUCCAGGUUUCGCAUCAACUAUUCAUCAACAACAGCAGCAGCAGCAGCAAGCACAGCAACCACCGCAAAGAAUGCCGCAUCAUCAUCCGUCUCACCCAAGUCAUCAGACACAUCCUUCACACCCCCAGCAAUAUCCGCAACAUUCGCCACAUCCGAGUACGCAACAGCAGCAGCAGCAACAACAACAGCAACAACAACAACAACAACAAAUAGAUCCGCAAUACUCUCAUCAUGCCACUUCGAUGUUUAAUCAACCGCAACAUUCUGGAUCAACGACACAGUUUGGUACAGCCAAACAUGCUACAAGUCCUCAAUAUCGUGCGACUUUUCCACAAUUGUCACCGCAGAUGUCACCUAGGCCACAAAUGUCGCCGCGGCCACCUGCAGUGCAACAACAAAUGUCUCCUAGACCAAUUAUGUCGCCAGCCAAACCUAAUACAUUAUCUCCACAUCCACAUGUUCAACUUCCUCUUCAACAAUCAAGUCAACCUGGGACAAUGUCUGUUUCACCUUGUCCUCCAACAUCAAUGCAAAUGAAUCCAUCAUCGCAACAAACUACUCUUCAAGCGUUAGAACAAAUGGUGAUACCAGGUGUAGCUGCACCAAAUUCGAAUGUUCCAAACCAAGACUACAAUCAAUUUCAGGCACGUCCAACGAUUUCGCAAACGCCAAAUGUUUUAUCUCAGUCUACCGCACAAAAUUCUAUGCCGCCUAUCACAGGUCCUAGAAUGCCAAUGCCUGCUCAGUGGUCACACCCACAACAACAGCAGCCUCAAAUAAGGCCAAGUCUGAACGAAGAUAGAAGCGUUGUAGAAGCUCAACAACCUCCAGUAUCUGAACAAGGCACACCAAUGUUUUCAGUAACUGGAACAGAAACUAUUCACAGUGUCGCUGAAACUACGACUAGAGAUUCGGCGGAUUCUAUUCAUAAUCCCAUUGAAUCCUCUAAACAGGAAAACGAAGCAUUGCAUCAAAAUGUUCAGGAUCAACAGCAAGACGUGUUGAAUCAACAAGCUGAUACUUUGAUGCAAAAUAAUUCACCUUUGGAACAUACAACUGGAAACAUCUCUCAGAUAGAAACUGUACAGUCCUUACCAGCAACUAGUACAAAUGGGAAUGUUGAUUGUUCGAAUCUCUCAACAUUACCGCAACAACAGCCAAUACAAAGUCAAAUCCAAAAUCCUGUUUCUACUGUUGAGAGUCAAAAUACGUGCGAUACAAAACCACAUGAUCAACAUUUAGAGGUAAAUUCAGUAAAUCGUCCACCAGCUAAUAAUAAUGUGCCUGCACUCCCUCAACAACCUGCAGUUAGUAGUCAAACAACGCAGCAACAGCAGCUCAAUCAACAACAACCUAUUAGUUGUCCACCACAGCAAGUACAGCAAAUUCAUAUAAAUCAGCCUCAGGUAGUACCUACACAACAACCUCCAAUACAGACUCAACAGCCAUUGCAGUCCUCGCAACCCUCGCAAAUGAGUCAAGUGCAGCCUCAAAUAAGUCAACCACCUCCUCCACAACCGCAAAUAAAUCAGCAACAAAUACCGCAAUUGAGUACUACCCAACAACAAGUUCCAAUUGUUCAAUCUCAACAGCCUACAUUAAAUCAAACGCAACAGUCGCAGCCACAAAUUUCUCAGUCCCAAGUGACGCAGCCGCCACCACCUCAGCCAGCUCCACCUUGUAUAACACAGGCUCAGACGACACAGCCAUCUCAACCACAUAUAACCCCACAAGUCGGUAUCAUGCCACAAAGUUCACCAUUAAUUUCGUCGCAAAUGCCACACCAACCACAGUUACAGUCUCCCAUACAAACUCCAACUUCGCAAUUGCAAAACCAACCUAAUCAAGUUCCACCGACGCAUUUAAAUGGUCAGCAAAUACCCACGGUUAAUCAAACUAGUGCUAUGGUACUACCUCCUCAUCAAACUGCAGUGUCUGUGCCAAAUUCACAGCCUCCGCAUCAAGUACCAGGAUUCACCGAGUAUACAAGUAUUCCGAAAACUACUAUGUAUCCAAACGAUAUGAUAGUAGGUUCUGGUCAACAAUAUCCUCCUGGUGGUGAUAUAAUUAGUGGAAGUACUAUGCCAAAUAUGUAUAAUAUCCCACAAAACCCAACAUCAACAGCAGUUACAUCUGGUAGCUUUGCUACUUCUUGUACUCCAGUUACACAUCAUCAGGAGAGAGCCGCAUUGCAACAGCAAUUGCAAGAAUUGUACUGUAUGCCUCCAGCUUCUGAAAAUCAAGAAAAAAUUGUUGCUCUACAAGAAAAGUUGCAAGCAUUGCAACAACAUGAAACUAAUGAUCAAUGUAAUGGUGGACCUCAGUGCAUACUACAAACGCCAAUGUUUACAGCAGCUGUUGUUGAUAGUCCACAGGUUUCUAGUACUACCGGUCGUGGCCGUAGUAAAGGUACACCUAGAACUAAGAAGAGUAGGAAGAAAGCUGAUAAAGAGGCUGUUACUCCUACUCCAAUUACUCAACAACAGCCGGAACAACCAUUAUCAGACAAUCAAGUAACACCCGGAGAUAGUAGCAAUAUUGUUGAUAGUGCUGCAGAUUCGGAAGAUAUUAAGCCAUCUUCUGGCGAUAUGGAGGAGGAAUGGAAUAAAGGUAGAAAGUCACGACCUCCUAGAAAACCGCGUAAACCAAAGGAGCCUAAAGAGCCAAAAGAGCCAAAGGAUGUAAAGGAGCCAAAAGAGGCAAAAGAAACAAAAAUUAAAAAGGAACCAAAACCACCGAAGGAAGGGAAGUCUCCUAAAGCACCUAGAAAGAGAAAUAGGGACAAAGAUACAACAAAACGUAAUAGAAAAAAAGUUAAUCCAUCUGAAUCUGCCGAUGACGAAGCUGUGCAAGAAACGGAAGAUACCGCAGUUUCUGAUUCAAGUGCAGUUAAGGAAGCAGAUGCAAAGGUAUCUGAACCGUCCAUUCAAGGUGAUCCAGAACAAGUAGAUUCUUCAACCACUGAACCCUUAGUAAUUGAAACAAAAGAUGAGGGUAAACAAAAAGGGGAAUCAGAAGAUAUUUUAACAGAUGACAAAAAAGAAGAAAAUUCGGAAGCUGCUCCUGCCGCAGAAGCUGCUACUCCCAAUAAAAAGAAGGCUGCUGCUCGCAAAAGGUCUUCUGUUGGGAAAGUUGCAGCAGGAAAAUCUCCCAGAAGUUCAAAGAAGCGUAAAAGUCGAAUCGCGCCUGAUUCUGAUGGCGAAGAAUUAGCAGCAACGCCUCCGCCAUCACCAGAAGCUGGAGAUGAUAAUAAAAGACGUUCGGCGAGAAAUACGCAUCGUAAAAAGUACGUCGACGACGUGAUGCUUAGAUUUUCUGACGAUGACGUACCUCUUCAGGAUGCUCAACUUUCUAAGAAAGUAGAAGGUACAAACGCAACAAAGCCUGUUUCUGUAAAAAAGGAAAAUGAAGGUGGCGAUAUUGGACCCAACAAGCCUAACUUUGUAUAUAUAAAUACAACGGAUGAAGAUUCUAUGGUUGUACAACACAUACUGUGCUCUCGUAUGGGUAAAAGAGAAGUUAAGCCGGUAGUUCCUGAAGUAAAAACAGAAACACCUGUUGAAAAAGAUGAAAAUGCUCCAAAUGUGGCAUCCGAUGUUAAGGAAAACGAGGAGGAAGAUCAAACAAAGGAUGAAACAUCCGAGAAAGAAUUAGUCUCUGAUACGGAAAACAAAGAUGUGAAAGACUCUGAAACAUCUGAAGAUAAACAACCUAUUGACAUUGACAAUACGACAAAAGAUAAGAGUAAAGAUGAGGAAGAAGUUACAGAAUCUACUCAAGAAAAUACAGUGGUAGAAGUAAAACCUCAAAUAACAGAAGUUGAAGAAUAUUUCGUUAAGUACAGAAAUUUCUCGUACUUACACUGUGAAUGGAGAACCGAAGAAGAAUUAUACAAAGGGGAUAAACGAAUUCAAGCCAAGCUAAAACGAUUCAAACAGAGACAGCAACAAAAUACCAACAUCUUUGAAAACACCGAAGAUGAUCCAUUUAACCCAGAUUUUGUGGAAGUGGAUAGAGUACUCGAUGAAGCAACACAUACUGAUCCGACAACUGGAGAAACCUUAAAACACUAUUUAGUUAAAUGGCGAUCUCUUCAAUAUGAAGAUUCUACCUGGGAGUUGGAAGAAGACGUUGACCCAGAAAAAAUUGCUCAGUUUGUAAAAUUUAAUAAAUUGCCUCCGAAAGAUCAGUGGAAGCCCAAAAAGAAACCAACUGCUUCGGCAUGGGUAAAAUUAGAAGAAUCGCCGAUUUAUAAAAGUAAUAAUAGUUUACGACCAUAUCAAUUAGAAGGUCUUAAUUGGUUGCUCUUCUCGUGGUACAAUGGACAUAACUGCAUUCUCGCGGAUGAAAUGGGUCUAGGAAAAACCAUUCAGUCUUUAACAUUUGUGGAUGCAGUGUAUAAGUAUGGCAUCCGUGGACCAUUUUUAAUAAUAGCACCACUUUCAACCAUUCCAAAUUGGCAACGUGAAUUCGAAAGUUGGACCGACAUGAAUGUUGUAGUAUAUCAUGGAUCCGCAGCGAGUCGGACUAUGCUUCAAGAAUAUGAAGUUUAUUAUAAGAAUGACAAAGGACAGCAAAUUAAGGAUUUAAUUAAAUUUAAUGUACUGAUAACUACAUUUGAAAUAAUUAUAACAGAUUUUAAUGAACUAAAAGGAUAUAACUGGAGGCUUUGUGUCAUAGACGAAGCUCAUAGGUUAAAAAAUAGAAAUUGCAAGUUACUCGAAGGUCUUAGACAAUUGAAUUUAGAGCAUAGAGUGCUUUUAUCUGGUACACCUUUACAAAAUAAUGUCAACGAACUCUUUUCAUUAUUGAACUUUCUUGAACCAAUGCAGUUUUCUAGUAGUGAAGCAUUCCUCAAAGAAUUUGGUAAUUUGAGUAGUGAAACUGAAGUUCAUAAACUACAACUUCUAUUAAAGCCGAUGAUGUUACGCCGGCUUAAAGAAGAUGUGGAAAAAUCAUUAGCACCAAAGGAAGAAACAGUUGUCGAGGUCGAAUUGACAAAUAUUCAAAAAAAAUAUUAUCGUGGCAUUCUCGAAAGAAACUUUUCUUUCCUUGCAAAGGGAACCACGUCAGCUAACAUUCCGAAUCUCAUGAAUACAAUGAUGGAAUUAAGAAAAUGUUGUAUUCAUCCAUUCCUACUUAACGGCGCGGAAGAUCAAAUACAAUUGGACUACAAGACUGGGGAAAAAGAAGAUUCAGAAGCUUAUUACCAUGCCCUGGUAAACAGUUCUGGAAAAAUGGUUUUAAUUGAUAAAUUACUGCCAAAACUCAAAGCUAGUGGACACAGGGUAUUAAUAUUCAGUCAGAUGGUGAAAUGUUUAGAUCUGUUGGAAGAUUAUCUAUUAUAUAAAAAAUAUCCAUAUGAAAGAAUUGAUGGUCGCAUUCGAGGAAAUUUGAGACAAGCUGCUAUUGAUCGUUAUAGUAAACCUGACUCUGAUAGAUUUGUCUUUCUUCUUUGUACCAAAGCAGGCGGUCUUGGUAUUAAUCUCACCGCGGCAGAUACGGUUAUUAUAUAUGACAGUGAUUGGAAUCCACAAAACGACUUGCAGGCUCAAGCCCGAUGUCAUAGAAUUGGUCAGCAGAAGAUGGUGAAAGUAUAUCGUUUACUUUGCCGUAAUACCUAUGAAAGAGAAAUGUUCGAUAAAGCUUCUUUGAAGCUUGGAUUAGAUAAAGCUAUAUUACAAUCAAUGAAUACAAGUCAAGGAGGUAAAGACCCAAGUAAUAAACAAUUGACCAAAAAAGAAAUAGAAGACCUAUUAAAAAAGGGUGCUUAUGGUGCUAUUAUGGAUGAUGAUAAUGCUGGUGAUAAGUUCUGCGAAGAAGAUAUAGAACAAAUACUUGAACGAAGAACGCAGAUCAUUACGAUAGAAGCAGAAAAGGGAUCUACGUUUUCGAAGGCUAGUUUUGCGUGUUCAUCUAAUAGAUCAGAUAUCAAUAUUGACGAUCCAGAUUUUUGGAAGAAAUGGGCGAAGAAAGCUGAAAUCGAUACAACCGAGAAAAAGGAAGAGGACGAAUUAGUAAUAUCGGAACCUAGACGAAGAACUCAAAUUAAACGAUACGGUCACGAUGAAUCGGUGGUUAUGUCAGAUCUGGAUAGCUCGGAGGAAAAUAGCGACGAUGAUACAAGUAGUGGGUUAACAGGUAAAAAACGAAGAGACAAGUUUGGUAAAAAGACUCGGAAGUUUUGUGACGAGUACGUCCCUCGUGAAGGCGAAGUGGUGUAUGGCAGUUGGGCACGAAGCGAAUGCUUCAAGGUAGAACGAGGAUUACUAACCUACGGUUGGGGUCGAUGGGAAGAGAUUCUGCAACAUAGCCAAUUUCGUCGAGGAUGGCGUGAAAUUGAUGUCGAGGAUUGCGCACGUGUUAUUUUACUUUAUUGUCUUCGUUACUACCGUGGCGAUGAGAAGAUUCGUAACUUCAUUUGGGACCUUAUUACGCCCAUUGAAAAUGGAGAAAAAGUCAAGAAUGUUUGCAUUAAUACUAGUAGUAGAAAUAGUAGGCAAAAGAAAAAAGGGCGAGUCAGAGAAGGUAGAGAAACACGUGGAUCAAUCGUCAAUGGAGGCCCGAGUGAUCCUAAUCAUUGGAGCAAUGCUGAAAAGUACGAUGGAGACAUAUUCCUUGAGAGUAACUAUAGGAAACAUUUGAGUCGUCAUGCAAAUAAAGUACUGUUACGCGUCCGAAUGCUUUACUAUAUUAAGCACGAGAUCAUCGGGGAUUUAGUUCAACAUAUUUCUGACGGGGUUCAUGUCAGUGCGUUGCGGAUAAACCCUCCACAGUUGACGGAACGACCAGUGAAAUGGUGGGACUCGCAAGCAGACAAAUCCUUAAUAGUUGGCUGCUACAAACACGGCUACGAGAAUUACGACCAGAUGAGGAUUGAUCCCGCUCUUUCUUUCAUUACAAGCUGCCCUCCCCCUUCCCAGUCUCAGAUUAUGCAAAACAAUAGCAGCAGCAGAGACGACACUAGCUUAGAGAAUGAUAUGGAAGAUGGCGAAUCACUUGGAAUGAUGAAAGACUUAAAAGAUUCUGAUAAAUUUAGCCGAGAAACACCUAUUGAUUCACCUGCCAUAUCUAAUAAGGCAGAUACGCCUAACCCAGAACCUAGCAGUAGUCACGAGGGAAAUGAUGGUCUGCUAGAUGAUGAAAAGACUUGGCCUUCGGUGGUUGACCUUAAUACACGCUUACGUCGAGUGAUGUCUUCUUACCAGCGGAGCGUCAAGAAGGAAGACGUAAAAAUAAUGCAAAAAUGUAAAACGGGUAUGGAAGGUGAUACAACCAUGAAUCAUGCCACUUCAAUGAAUGAACCACAUUUAAGUAUGCAAGGAUGGGACUUGCAACAACUUGCUGUCUAUCUUCUGAAAAUGGAAAGAAGAGAGAAGAUGGAAGCCAUGGUAAAAGAAAGAGAACGAACUCGUAUCGAAGAACAAAAAGCAAAGUGGUCCCGCCGCGAGGAAAGUGAAUUUUUACGAGUUGUAUCAACAUACGGUGUUAAUUACGAUAGAAAAAAGGCACAAUACGAUUGGACUAAAUUUAAAAGUAUUGCUAGAUUUGAUAAAAAAACAGAUAACGAUCUUACGGAUUACUACAUGUCUUUUAGAGCGAUGUGUAAGAAAGCAUGUAACGCUAAGUUGAACGAUGAAGAAGAUUUUUCAGACGUUCCUGUUGAUCAUCUCAGUCCAACGAAAGCAAGACAAAUAUUAGACCGUGUGGAUCUUUUAAGUAAAAUUCGUGAGGAAAUUUUAUCGCAUCCACACUUGGAGGAACGACUUUCGUUGUGUCAACCAUCAGGUGACACACCUGAUUGGUGGCAACCAGGAAAACAUGAUAAAGAAUUGCUGCUUGGAGCUGCAAAGCAUGGCUUAGGACGUACCGAUAUAACUAUCUUAAAUGAUCCUGAUUUCUCAUUUCAUAAGCUUUUGAGCAAAAAUAUGUAUAGUAAUAUUCAAACGUCUAAAAUCAUAGACAAAUCUGAAAAAGCAAUUAAAAUUGAGAAUAGAGAAGACAUAUUGAAAUUUGAUAAAGAUGAAAUACUUGUCAAAUUAGAGAAAGGUGAAGGAACUUUAAAAAUUGAGAAAGUAGGCGCAAAGAAAGAUAAAGACACAAAUAUAACAGACAAGAAAACAGAAAUUGUAGAUUCGGAAAAGAGUCAGGUAGAACUGACCAUCAUUAAGGCCGAAAAUAAAACCGAAGAGAAACCUAUCAGUAAUGCAUUAACAAUUACAACCGUUGGAAGAAAUACACCUCUGGAUAAAGAACUUGUUACUAAGAUAAAAACUGAAGAAAAGGGUGAAAUUGUAAUAGAAUCUAUAAAAAGUGAAGUUUCUAAAACAGAUCAAGUUACGGGAACUCACAAAACUGACGAAUCAAAGGCAAAUAAUGCAACAGUAAAUGUUGAAGACACCGCAUCUAUAGACGCAGAGACAGAAAAUCAAAAUAAAGAAAAAGAUGUACCAAAAGAGAUCGAAAAAGAAACACCGGAGGAAAAGCCUGAAGAGUCUACCACUCAAGAUACCCCGAAAGAGACGAAUGAAAAAAAUUCAUCGGAACAAAAUAAUGUUACAGAAGCAACUGAAAAAUCGACGGAAAGUCAUGAAAAUACAUCCGAGGAUAAUAAAACGAAUGUACAAACUGAUCCUCCAACUGUUAACGAGGAGACAGAAACUCAAGAAGAAAAAACAGUAGAAACGUCUAAGGAUAAAGCAAAAGUAUGCAAACUCGAUGAUAAAUGUAGUGUUCAAGCAGCAGAACUUAAAGCAAUGUUUCCUGAUUUGGAAGUUAUACAACCACUGUCACGAUUAACACAAAUCGAUACAUUUGUUCUUCGAGACAAAGCAAUAGAUUAUAAUGAACCAACGGUUGUACAUCUGUUGUCACACAAUUGUAGCAAUAAUUUAAAAUGGCCAAAGGAACAUGCUAUCGAAGCUCGGUUAAUGCAUAUCGUUCACGCGAUUGAGCAUAAGGAAUGGCCUGUAUCCGUAAACUUCAGCGCUGGCGAUGAAGUAGAUAUUCCCUCGAAUGAGAAAGACUGUUCAGAAGUCAUAACUAUAACUACAGAUCAUGGAGUAUCGCGUAAUACAACGCCUGGAAAUAAUAUGUCGCUAUCGAAAAAACGCAAACGGCAUAUUGCUAUUGAUGUAGAAACAGAAAGAGCGAAACUUCAUGCUCUCUUGAAUAGUAGUCACACAACUACACAGCCACCUACGGCUUUAAGCAAGCCUGCAGUAUUAUCUGGAUCGAAUACUUGGGAAAUGAACGAUGAAUCACAAUCUGAGGAAUCGAGACGUUCAACACCGGUUCAACCACCUCCAGCGCAUCAGCAAGCACGAACACCGAAUAUACCUUUCGACUUGAAGUACACAGUUCCUGGAAAACCAACUGUUAUCCCUGGGACCUCCAGUACUUUGACACCUAUUGAUUUAUCUGCUGGGUAUCAAAAACCGAGCACUGAUAAUAAUAAAGAUAUCAUGAACGAGGUUCAAGACUUUUCAAUGCCAAAUAAAAAUAAACAAAUUAGUAGUAAUAAAGGAAAAUUAGAUAGUAUGUUAGACAAAUUAAUGAAGAGAAAAAGUUGUCCAACGGAUGAACCUGUUAUUGGAAAGGAAAAAAAACGUAGAAAGCUUGACGAGAUAGUGCUCGGAUUAAGUGCAGCAAAAGAGCAACAAAGCACUCACUAUCCUGAACAUAGUAAAAAGAGUACAAUUACGCCGAAUGUAACGGUUACUCCAACGUCUGCGCCAAUGGGUCUUCCGAAUCCUCCAACAAGUACACAGAAACCAUUUUCUAUUACUGUUACAUCUAUUCCUUCUUCGCGGGCAUCGAGCUCUACUUCUGGGUUACCUCCUCCAUCAUUACAUUCGCACAAAGAUAGCUUCUCCGCGUUGAUUGCCCAAGCGGAGCAACAGAAUCGCGAAUUUAAAAAGCAACAACAACAUCAACAACAGUCUCAGCAACAACAGCAACAGCAACAACAAAGUUUCAAUUCAGCACAUUCGGCAUCUGCAAGCAGUCACAGAAAGAGUUACGAAGCAAUGAUCGCCGACAUCAAUAAAGUUGCCGAAUAUUCUUCUAAAAUCGGAUCCUAUUCGCACGAGGCUAAAGUAAACAAAUGGUUAGCUGAACAAACUGCCAUGUCUGAACAGAUGAGUGCGGAAUAUUUAAAUGCGCCUAGACGACGACGACCACGUGUUGAUCCAUCCUUGUUGGAUUGGAAAAAAUUAACAGGCGAAGAAAAUGUUGCUGUAAUUAACAGAUUAACAGGCAAAAAGGUUACCGGCAGUAAGGCUCCACAACUGAAACGGUUAGGUCAAUGGUUAAUUGAAAAUCCAAUGUUCGACGUAGAUCCGAAGUGGGCUGAACUUGUAAAAGAACGUGGCAAUCUUCCGCAUGAUUUGCAAAAGAGAUUAUCAGGGAACGAUAGAAGUAACGUCAACAAGGGUAAGAGUCCAGGGAGACCUCCUAUGAUGCCGAGCCCUACUAGUCAACAAUCUGCAAAUCAAGCCAAUUUGGCAGCUACGUCAAUGGCUUCAGGCCUAAAUUUCCCAUCGUUGGGUAAUUUGAACAAUUCUCUUCUGUCUGGACUUUCUCUUGGUAAUUUUGAUCCGAAGAACAAUCCUAUGUUAAUGCCGUUCGGUGGUUUACCAAAUUUGGGUGCAUUAAGUGGUUUGGGCAAUCUUAGUAACCUAAGUAAUAUGAGUCUAACGAAUUCUUUAUUCGCCAAUCUUGCUGGACUUGGUUUACCAUCUUUAGCGGGUAUGGAGGCUGCAUUAGGUGCAACUACGACCAGCUCGGCUGAAACAAAUCCGGUUGUUAGUUCUGUUAGCAGUAAAAACACGGGUUCGACAAGCAUUAGCACCUCUGGUAAAUCUCGCAGUAAAAUGGAACCUCCUACAAGUAAAUCAUCGGUGCCUUCAACUUCAUCAGCAUCGUCCACAAUACCAACAACGACGCCAUUUCCCUUCUUCUUUCCAAAUCCCAGUCUUUUAUAUACACCACUGGGUUUGGGUGGUCUGAAUCCAUUCUCGAUGCAACCUGGCGGAGUAUCAUCGGCCUACGAAAGUCUUGCCCAAUGUGGUCUUCUGAAUCCACCGACUUCGAGUGCCUCGGCAGUGCGUAAACCUUCAUCGUCUGGAAAUAACUCGAGGCAACGAGAUACAAUCACGGACUCGACUAAACGAAAGGAUAGUGAGAAGAAAUCUAGAUAUACGAUCGACCCCGGAAUGACAUUGCAACAGUAUACGGAUAUGACGUUGCACAGCGAUGAUAGACGUAGAAUAGAACACGAGAAAAGAGAUACUGUGGAGCAAAAUGAUAUAGCGGAUCUUUCUGAAAGACGAAUUGAAAGAAAGAACAAAGAGCAGGAGAUGAAAGAAGCUCUGGAACAUCUAAGUAGAACUAGCGCAGAACUUUUGACGAGAAAUCUCGAAGAUAUUCAAAGAUCGGGUGAAAAAAGAGGUCGUAGUAUAGAUUACAAUCAGAGUCUCGAGCAGCAGACGCCGAGCAUGCUUGAGGUGACUCUUGAACCUGUUAAUAAAAAGUCACGAAUCGAAAUUGAAGUCAGUGCAAAACCUAUGACAGUCACACCGGUAACAACUAUAACACCUGCGGACGUAUCAACAACUGAAAUAGAACAAGCCAUUCGAUCGUCAUCUGUAACAGUUAAACAGACUUCCGCAGAGGAAAAUAAUUCUUUUAAUGAAGCAUCUUCAAAUGCUACUAAGAAAGAUAGUAACGAAACAACUGCUACAGUAUCAACAACUGUAGUAACAACCACAGCUACAACCACGCUUACACCUACCCCAACACGUACGUCUACACCUACACCGACUCGAACACCUACCCCUGCACAUACGCCUACACCUACAUCUACUCCAAUAUCUACUCCUACACCAACUCCUACCCCUACCCCUACAUCUACAACGAUACUAACUUCCACCACUACAACCCCAGUAACGACUGUUUCGGAAGAUACAACUACAUCACAACAAAGUACUGCUAACAGUAAGACGGACACAACAAAGCCUCCAGCAGAGGUGGAAGAAGACAACAAAGGCACUAAAGGAAAGAAGGCACGAAGUGGUAAACGAUUAAGUGUGGAACCUCCCCCAGAACGGAAAAAUCUUCGUUCCAGUGCUGGAAGACAAGCAAGAGCAGCAGCAGAACGACAAGCAAGAAUGGAAGGAGAACAACAAUCUGAACAACAGCAAGAGACUCAUACAACGAGCGAGUGAAGUGAACGUUUUUAAGUGAGUUUUGAAUAAUACUGGUGAUAAAAAUGAUCAAAUCUUCUGUUGUUGCGUCUAUUUUUAUUGCAAUAAUUCUGCAGUAUUCGCACAACGAUAUUUCCAGAAAAAAAAAGUCGUCGAUUGAUAGACAUUUAAAAUGAAUCACUCAAUGCAUCGACAAUUCUUAGUUAAAAUAAAGCACAAGUGCAUUCAAAGAACUUGAAGGAAAGAAAAAUGAAAAACAUUUAUUGAAUUCGACUUCUCUUUCCAUUUCAAGUGGAAGAAAUGGGACAAAUAAAUAGAGCUCGUGUCAAGCACGUGCACAUUACCAUUACUGUCAGUGUGAAUGUAUAACAUGAAGCUGUAAGUACGAAGGCUGGCAAUAGUAUUUUAUCACUCGAUAUAUUGUGUGGUAAUUAACUUUUAAUUAUAUAACAUUACAAUAACAAAAUAUAGUUUUGUUAAAUUUAUUAUUCUUUAUGAUCUUUAUUGGUUUUGACGAGGGACUGUUUUAUAUAACUGCUAUCACACUAUUGCGUAGUCGUGCAACAGUUCGCGGAUCAUUCAGGCAUAAAAAUAAGAUAUAACCAUAAUGUAGCAAAAUAAAUUUAGUAAUAACUUAAUAAAAAAAAAAACAGAAACAGUGUAAAUAUUAUAUACAUUAUGCCUAGAGACCUUAAGCGAUCGUGUACUUGGAAAAAUGUAUAUAACACAGUGUACUCUUAAUUACAUUAGGUGAUACAAUAAACAGCUUCUUUUGUUGUUUGCAAAUGCCAACA